AUCCAUUCUUCUCCUUCUUCCUUCUUGCAAAAUAUUAUUGUGGAUAUGAAGUUGGGUGGCAGCAAGGGAAGGAAGAAAGCCAGGUUGAUAAUUAUACAUGUGUUGCUCGCCCCUUUCAAAGCUCUCUGCAGUGCGGCGGACUUUUACGUGAAGGCUAUGAAUGAUUGCCAGGGAAUGGUCGGCGGCUAUACCAUGGCAGUGAACAGCGGCCGUCCUCCCUACACUCUUGGUAAGCCAAUCACAGCGGCGAGGAAGAGAUCUAAAAGAGAGAAGAAGCUUGGGAGGAUCAGAUCUAGCAUUGUUGUGGACAAAUGCUACAGUUUUGACAUAGGCAAGAUCGGCAGGAUUGAUGAGGAGGAGCCUUGUUCUUUCAGGGAAGAUGAUUUCUUUUUUGGCAACUCUAAUCUUGCCAAGCAACGUUUACAUCGCAAUUGGUUGAUUGAUUAUGUAAUGGCGAGGGAUGCCGAAGCACUUGGUAAUCAUCAAUAAUAGAGAUAUGUAUAUAUCCGACAUGAAUGUGCAAUCAUAUGAUUCUGCUUCUCUAAGGGCAUGUUUGAAAGUUAGGAUUCUCUAAAUUGAUGUAUUUAAUCAAUGUAUGUAUUAUAAUUAGAUGUAUUGUUUCAAUGUAUGAAUUUGAAAAAUACAUUGUUUGGAGAUUGAAUGAUUUUGGUGAUCCCUCAAAGAAUAAGGAACAAAAAGUAAGACAACAAUCCCUCAAACAUAAUCUCUACUAAAAGUUGAGAUUUACAAUCAUUCAUAAUGAAUGAUUCUGGUGGGCCCAUCUGCUGUUCAAAUACAAGCAUUCUGUUUCAUUUUAAGCCAAAAAAACGAUGAAUUCUUCUGAUUACAUGUAUUGGCUAAAUACAUCAUCUGAAAUCCCAACUUCCAAACGAGCCCUUAAGUUGGCUGCAAUGAGAACGAUUAUUUUGUGAGGUUUCAGCUGGUGUGUGGGUGUACAUAUAUUCAUUUGCUUUUGAAAAUUUGUGGUACGAAGUUUUUUCGUCUACUUCAGAGAACUUGUGGUAAGUUUUAUGAGAUCUCUGGUAUGAUUAAGGAAACUUGCGAUAAGUUUUAUGAGAUCUCUAGUAUGCUUAAGGAAAUUUGCGGUAAGCUUUAUGAUGUAUUUAGUCUGUUUCAGAAAUCUUGUGGUCACCUUUAUGAGGUUUCUCGUAUGCUUCAGAGAACGUGAAAUUAGUUUUAUGAGGCUUUUAGUUUUCUUCAUGAAACUUGUGGCCAGCUUCGAACCCAGAGCUAGCUGGUUCUCCCCGAAAUGCGUUUUAAGUUAAAAGUUCCCAGGGAACUCAAAUGUUGUGGUGUGCUUUCUAUAUUUUACGGUAAGCUUCAGAGAACUCGUGGUCAGCUUUAUGAGAUCUCUGGUUUGCUUAUGAAACUUUUGAUCUGCUUUGUGGUGUGCUUUCUACAUUUUCUAUUAUGCUCUAUGUGGUUUCUAGUAUACUUUAUGAGUUUUGUGGUGUGGUUUGUAUGAUUUUAGGUGUAGUAUGAUUUUUCUUGUCUGCUUCAUGAGAGUUGUGGUAAUUUUUAUGAGUUUCCCUUGAUAUGCUUUUGAAAUCCUGUUGUUAGCUUUGAGUUUUGUGAGCUUUUGGAGUUUUGUUUUGUGGUGAGGUUCUGGUAUACUUUAUGUUAUUCUCUAUGUGAUUUGUUGUGUUUCUUGUAUGAGUUUUGUGGUAUGCUUUAUAAUACUUGUGGUUUUCUGGUAUGCUUUAUGUUAUACUCUACGCUUGCUUGCUCUUAUGUUUUGGUCGUGUUUUAUGUGUCAUUUCAGGUUCUAAGUGUUUUUCAUCGUAGUCUCCGGGCUUAAGUGUAGGGAAAGUGUGCAAAAAGGAUUAAAAAAGAAGAUCCGACCAACGGACAAAGUUCACGGUCGAGAAGAUGAAGGCCAAAAGGAGUUCACCGUUGAGGCAUACGUAAUUGGAGGCGUUUUGCGGGUGUGUUUCAUUAGAGACUACCACGUGCUACUAUAAUAUUUUUUAAUGAAUAAAAUAGUAUAAUAUUUCAACUCGACGAGUUCUUAUCUAAAUACAACAUUAACUAUUUCAAAUUAAUGGCCAAAACACUUUCACUAUGCUUCUCUUUCUAUAUCUAAAACUAAAACGCUCUCAAUGUAGCAACCUUGGAGCAACCCGGAAACAAUCCCCAUAGAAACAAUUUCAUACAUCCCCAACCACAAACAAAUUUAAUGAAAGGCUAACCAGAAACAACCUAACCACCCCAAAACAAAAUCCCAAAGACGUCCAAUUUAUUACUCUGUCCCUACACUAUAGCAUCACCCUAGGGUUGGAAUAAGCAUUUUAAGAAAGG